AUGGAACCGGGUAGUCCUCGAUCAUCGAUAAAAGUGAAAGGUGACAAGCCCCGAAAGGAAGUCAAGCUCGAAGAAUUCGGGAGAAUAAAUGAUCUUCAAAGAUAUCGCUUGUCCGAACACUGGGACCAAUACGAUUAUGAGCCUCCAAAUAUCUCGCAUAAGCUUCUCUUUGUUGAGGAAGACCUCCGAGAACUUGUACAAGAGGAAAUAUCUAUCAAGGAGGGACUCUACGCCCAAAGUGAAGACUCCAAAGGGGGACUUGACGCCAACGAAGUCUCUAAAAAGAAGCUUGAUGUUAUAAAUGUCGAAUAUUGGAUUUUAGCGCAAAACUGUGGCGGUCCCAUCCUAGAUGGUAUAUGCACCGCGUUCUUAUUGAAGAUUGUGCUGGCCGACAAGGAUGCUGUGCUCGUGAUUGUGGCUGUUGUUACAACCGCAAGAUUGAUUCUACGCGGAAGCUUGGAGUUGGACAUUGUACUCUCGGAUGUGGAUGUUGUCGGGAAUUUCGAGGCUUUGACAUUCCCGAAGAAGAUAAGAAAUCGCUGA